GAGCAAAAGAACGAGGCGCGCGCUCCACUGUUCAGUCCGUCACACACAGGUACAUGAAAUACUGAGGCUGACUGAGACAGAAAGAGAAAGAGAAAGAGAGGAAGAGAGUGGGGACAGAAGAAGUGGAGCUGCCACCGGUUGCUCGUACAAAAAACUCUCAAGCUUUGAAGAAAGGCAUUAACACCCUGCCUUAUGUGUGGUUCUUCUCAAGGCUUCACAGCCUCUUCCUCUCAGCCCAGCACAGCCAUGUUAACCUCAGAGGGGUCACUGCAAAGCUCAGGGGUCAUCACCGCAGUGAUGCCAGACACACAGGAUGUAGACAUGACGUCGUGGAGUGAGGCUGAGUUCGAGGAGAAGUGCACUUACAUCGUGAAGGACCAAUCUCCGGACGAAGACUCCGAAAGCCCCGGCAAGACACGAGCCGUGAGGUCGUUACCCAGAAACCUGGCGCUGAAACGCUGCCCCGACACAGCAGAGGUGCUCGGCGUGACCAGUAAGGAGCUGAUUCCUAUGGGGACGCGCUUUGGCCCUCUGGUUGGCGAAAGCUACACCAAUGAAACACUGUUGAAAGAUGCCAAUCGGAAGUAUUUUUGGAGGGUCUUUUCAGGGGGCCACUUACACCACAUCCUGGAUGGUUUGAACGAGGAGCGGAGCAACUGGAUGCGCUAUGUGAACCCGGCGUGUAGUGCAGAGCAGCAGAACCUCGUUGCAUGCCAGAGCGGCCUGGAAAUCUACUUCUACACCAUCCGACCCCUUCAGCCGGGCCAGGAGCUUCUGGUGUGGUACUGCCCCGAAUUCGCUCGGCGAUGCAACUACCCACCACUGAGACAACUGGUCACCGAGAGCAUGAAGAAAAGUCAAGCUCAGGACAAGACUACAGGGAAACGAGGACACAGCGUCUCAGAAAUCCUCCGGAAAGAGACGUCUAAAUCACUGGCAAGCUCCUCCAGACGGCCGGACAGUCCUUUGUCCCAAACCAGCAUCCCAAUGUUUCCCCUGUGUCCCCGUGUCGUCUACCCCCUUCAGCCCCACUCAGAAUCUAUCCAUGGCCCUAGUUAUGCACCUGUGCCGUACUGUGGCCCUCCAGCUCCCAAAAGGCCAGCUGUGAGUAGUCCUGUCACCUCCCAUUUGCACUUCACCUUAAAGCACAAUCAAGGGCCUAUCACAGCCAAACCUUACCAGGAGUCCUCACUUCCGGACCAUGUUCAUCCUGGCCUGAGGCACACUCCCUACCUACUGCCUCACUACCCACUUGGCCUCAGCACCAUUCUACCUCACUCAUACCCAUUCUACGGUGAUCGACUAAAACCUCACAUGACACUCUCAUCUCAGUUACUACCUUUUGAUAGCUAUGCACACUUCCUCCAUGCUUCAGCCAGUGGACACAAAGACUUGACGGCUGCACUAACCAAUACCAAACAAGACCUCAUCCUUUCACCAACCAGUGGGCACAAAGGCAACAAGGACCUCAUGUCCAGAAGGACAAACUACCUCAGGAUCCCCAACAUCACAUCAUCUGGCGACCUCAGAGAUUUCAAACACUCCCCCACCAGCAGUGUCUGUGAAGAUUUCCCAUCACCUUCGACAUCCACUGAUUCAUCUAUGGCCACUUCUCUCCGGGGGACUUUGCCCUCUCUUGCCCCUAGGGGCGGCUCACCACCAGAAGGCAUGGCUGCCUCCUCUGACUGCCUCCCUUCCAAACCCAUCUCUGCCACACAGAGCAAUACUGAGGACGUAAUGGACCUAAGGAAGACCAAACGGGGAGGACAGACCAUUGGCUACAAGACCUUGUCCUACCCUCUCACCAGGCAGAAUGGAAAAAUCCGGUACGAGUGCAACAUCUGUGGAAAGAUCUUUGGCCAGCUGUCCAACCUCAAGGUCCAUCUGCGAGUGCACAGUGGAGAGCGCCCAUUCAGGUGUCAGACCUGCAGUAAAGAUUUCACCCAGCUGGCCCACCUACAGAAACACUACUUGGUUCACACGGGGGAGAAACCACAUGAAUGCAAGGUGUGCCACAAGCGUUUCAGUAGCACCAGUAACCUGAAGACCCACCAGCGGCUUCACUCAGGUGAGAGGCCCUACCAGUGCAAGCUGUGUCCGGCCCGCUUUACUCAAUUCGUCCAUCUCAAGCUUCACAAACGCCUCCACACUGGCGAACGACCUCAUCGGUGCCCUCGCUGCCCCCGUGCCUACCUUCACUACUGCAGUCUCCAGGUGCACCUCCAAGGUUUCUGUCCUCUCUCCCAAUCCUCACCCUCCCACAAACCCUCACCAGAGGAGCUGAACCGUGUCAACGCCGAUAUCGAGAGAUUUGACAUGAGCGAAGCGGCAGAGCGGCUUGAGGCCAUGGCUGCAGAGGCCAAGCUGGACAAGGGCAAUGUUAUUGGCCUAAUAAAAGAGAUGGAAGCCCAGACCUCUGGCCACCAGGACGGUGCCGAAGGAGAGAACAUGUUCUUGAAGCUGAGCAUCUACAAAUCAGCAAAGGAGUCCUCUGCCCUACAGCUGCAUCCCAGCAGCCCUCUACCUCUGCGUCCAGCCAGCAUCAAGUUGGAAUUAGGCUGCAUAUCAGAGUCCUAAGACAUCUUUGCUAAUCCAUCCAUAUAAUCCUCAGAGGUCAGCUCAGCAGCUGUCUGUUAGUGCCCUAUUUGAAGUAAAGCCUUAUUUCAAUCACAGAUUGCCUAGCCUACACCAUACCAGGACCACAGUAUGUGAAGUAGAGGGACUUCAAGAGAAUGCACAGACAGUGACUUCUUAGUGUUGAUGUCUACAUAUUUGUUAAUUUAUUACACGGUUAAUAUUAAUCUAAAAUUAAAAAUCUAAAGACUGGAAAUUUGUGAUAAAAUAAUUGCUUAGCAUGAUUUUCUGUUUUUCUACUAUCUGUUUUGUAACGCUAGAAUGUUUG